AUCUCCCUCGCCUCUUCAGGGUCCCCCUUGUGGUCAAAGGAGAGGAACGAGCCAAUCAGAGUUCAGGAGGGUGUGUCUCUAGUGCUACAGUGCCGGCCCCCUGCUGGCCUGCCACCUCCCAUCAUCUUCUGGAUGGACUUCAGUAAGUAUGGUCUUUAUAGUCCACUGUCUGUUGUGCUGUAGAUACCUGUAGAUACCUGUAGAUACCUGUAGAUACCUGUAGAUACCUGUUACUUUUUAUACAUUUUAGCUGGAUCAUAUAAGAACCAAAUGGGGAAUAUGUCCUUUCCACACCUGUUUCUGAAUGGUCAAAUCUUGGGUAGUCUUACCUGUUUGGUUUCAUUGCCUUGCAAAUUAUGAGUCAAAAUAUUCCUCAUGCAAUGAGACAUUAAUGGAAGCCUCAGUAGUGUGGCCUGCUGGGGUUGAUAGUUCUCCUCAUUUCCUCCCCCAGACUUCCAGAGACUGCCUCAGAGCAGCCGCGUGUUCCAGGCGUUGAACGGAGACUUGUACUUCUCCAACGUUCUGAAGAAGGACUCGAGGAACGACUACAUCUGUUAUGCCCGCUUCCCUCACACACAGACCAUCCAGCAGAAACAACCCAUCACCCUCUCAGUGCUCAACCGUAAGUGUGUGUGUGUGUGUGUGAAUGUGUGUGUGCGCGUGAAUGCGUGCAUGUGCACAUGUGUGUGUUCUUGUGUGUGUGUGUGUGUGUGUGUGUACUUCUGCUCAGCAUUGAAUGUGUGUGUCAGUUUGCGUAGGAGUUUCCUAUCAGUGAUCCCAACCUCAGCAUUGCCAGUAGUAGUCUAGUAGUCAUCAUGAAAAGCCUCUCUCAACAACAAAAGGCUUUCUCAUACAGUCCAGUUACCACUGACUGAUCAUCAUGACAAUACAGAUUCACAGACAAGAUUUGACCAUCUAUUCUUUGUCUACAGUAUAUCUAUGAUCAUCGUUCAGCAUUUUGUUCAGUUCACACAGUUUGAUUUUAUCAUUCAAGCAUUCAUGUUUAUUUGUCCAAUCACUUUAUUGACUUCAACAUGUGGCAUGUUUGAUUAUUUUCUGUUGUGUUACAGUGGAUGCAAUCAAUGAGACUGUUGCUGCUUUAUUCAAUGAAACUGAUUUUUUUAGUGGUGAGUUUUGGCACCCCCUAGUGGUUCUAUCUUCCUGUGGUCGUCAACCAAUAGAAACCAACCACUUACAUCGACCUCUAAACCUUACCCUAGUGAUUGUCGUCUUCUUUAGUAGUAAACCAAUACUAGAAAUCAACCACUAACAUUAACCCCCUAAACCUUAACCUAACCCCACCUCCCACCAUAACUUUACCAAUGAAUACAAUUUUGUGAAAGACAUGAUCUUUUCUACAGCUGUCACGAUCGUCAUAUGAAGCAGACCAAGGCGCAGCGUGAUACGAGUACAUACUUUUAUUUUAGUACUUACAAACACACAAAAUAACAAAACGAUUAUACAAUACAAACCAACACGGAACAAGAUCCCACAAAAGACAAGUGCACAAUAGGCUGCCUAAGUAUGGUUCCCAAUCAGAGACAACAAGCAACAGCUGAUUCACGUUGCCUCUGAUUGAGAACCACCCCGGCCAACAUAGAAACACAUAAACUAGAUCGUGAACAUAGAACACAAAACAUAGACCCUACACACCCUGGCUCAACAUAUAAGAGUCCCCAGAGCCAGGGCGUGACAACAGCAACUAUUUAUUAACAUAAUUUCAAAUAACUAAAAUGAACCAUUGCAUGAUGGUUCCUCCUUUGCCUUGCUCAUAUUUUGUAAAUUCAAAUGGACAAUUGACAUCUGUAUUACAUUCAGUAGAUCUGUAUUACAUUCAGUAGGUCUGUCUGUAUUACAUUCAGUAGGUCUGUAUUACAUUCAGUAGGUCUGUCUGUAUUACAUUCAGUAGAUCUGUAUUACAUUCAGUAGGUCUGUAUUACAUUCAGUAGAUCUGUAUUACAUUCAGUAGGUCUGUAUUACAUUCAGUAGGUCUGUAUUACAUUCAGUUGGUCUGUCUGUAUUACAUUCAGUUGGUCUGUCUGUAUUACAUUCAGUAGGUCUGUCUGUAUUACAUUCAGUAGGUCUGUCUGUAUUACAUUCAGUAGGUCUGUAUUACAUUCAGUAGGUCUGUAUUACAUUCAGUAGGACUAUAUUACAUUCAGUAGGUCUGUAUUACAUUCAGUAGGUCUGUAUUACAUUCAGUAGGUCUGUCUGUAUUACAUUCAGUAGGUCUGUAUUACAUUCAGUAGGUCUGUCUGUAUUACAUUCAGUAGGUCUAUAUUACAUUGUAGGCUACUUUUGAAAAGCUUUCUCUCUAUUAUAGUAAUAUAUUUCAUAGGUAGCGGCAGGUAGCUUAGUGGUUAAGAGCGUUGUGCCAGUAACCGAAAAGUUGCUGGUUCUAAUCCCCGAGCCGACUAGGUGAAAAAUCUGUCGAUGUGCCCUUGAGCAAGGCACUUAAUCCUAAUUGCUCCUGUAAAUUGCUCUGGAUAAGAGCGUCUGCUAAAUGACCAAUUAUUAUUGGAGCAAAGCAGAUUGACAGCCUUGCAAACUGUGAAUGUUGCAACCACUACCACUCCAGUCUGUUAAUCUAUUCUCUUCUCCCAGCCAACCAAAUUCUUUCCUCCCAAUCCACUUAAAACCCCUCCUCUGUCUAUGACAUCUUUCAUUUCCUAUCAGUUCAUUUCUCAUUGUUUGCAAAACUAUGUGUCUGUCUGUCGGGUACCCUGAAGGUGCAUGUCAUGCAGUCAGCAGUACAACAGAUGAGGCUACAGACAAGCCGAUCUGACAGAAGAGAUUCUCAAAGAAACACUGUACCUCUCUUUAUGUAUCAUCAUUGCCAUCAUCACAAGCACCAUUUGUGCUUAAUAUCAUAGUAUCAUACCCAAAGAUGAUCCUUUUGAGAAGGUUAUCCUUAGCCUCACCUUGAACUAGAAAGUAGUUUACUAUCUGUUAUAACUGUAUAGGAAAACACAUGAUGCUUUAGAUAUCCACCACCUCUUAGUACAGUCCUACCCCUCCACCAAAUAACCCCUUUACAGUAAGGGAUGAAGGCAGGGAUUAAUUCCAACACAUUUACAACCUGCACACUGCGAGAGACUUUUAAAGGCUAUUUUCCCUUAAGCUUCACCAUAAACACCGCUGAUGUCAGCUCAAACAGAAAUCACCUUUUAAAAAGUCAACUGCUGUGUUUGAGUGUGUGAGCCCUGACCUGGACCUCCACAGUGCUGCAGCACUGACUGUGGUAAAACCUCAGGAAUAGUCUUGUUGUGACUAGCUGUGUCUCUGACCCCUGCGUUGUGACUGCAGACGGCUCUGCGGAGGAGAGGAAACCCACCUUCCUCAUCCCUUCUGGUUCCAGCAGCUCCAAGAUGGUGCUGAGAGGACAGGUUCUGGAGUUGGAGUGCAUCACUGAAGGACUGUAAGUACUCCGUGCCAAUGAGAAACUGUCAAUGUGUUUUACCUGUAUUAUGUGUUGUGUAGAGUAUACCUCUAUUAUUAAUGCAUUUUUACCAUUAUGUAUGUGUGCUUAUAGAUCAUACUGACCUAAGCAAGUUCACUGGAAACUUAUGUGUUCACACUAUUCUCUCUCUCUCUCUCUCUCUCUCUCUCUCUCUCUCUAUCGCUAUAAUCUUCGCUCUUCUAUAUCAUCGGCGUAUCGAUCUCUCUCCUCUCUCUCCUCCCCCUGUUCCCUAUCCAGUCCCACUCCAGAGGUCUCGUGGAGUAAGCUGAGCGGGGAGUUCCCUGACAACCGUACCUCCAUCCUGCACUUCCAGAAGUUACUGCGUAUCGUGAACGUGUCCGAGGCCGACGCCGGAGAAUACCACUGCACCGCCCACAACCGCCUGGCCUCUGUGCUCCACACCAUCCGCGUCACCGUCAAAGGUAUGUCAUGUGGCCUAGCAGUUAGUUCCCAUAACUCUAGCACACAUGUAGCCUAUUGCAGAGUCGGCAUGGGUCAGAAUUCUGCCCACUGCCCUUCUGAUUUGCACUCCUCCUACCUUUCCUGUCUGCCUUUCACUGUCCUAUCCACCUUUCACUGUCCUAUCCAUUCAAUAACACAACAAAAAAAGGUCUGUGAUGAGCGGGGCUGAAAGGGGAAUUUAUGGCUGACUUGGUCUAUCAGCCUCCAGGGUUUUUAUGCUGUCUAUGGUAUCUGGAGCAGAGGGUUCCGUCAUCUUUCUGACCCUUUUCCUCUUUCUUCCUCUUCCUUUCUAGUUGUAAUUGUUUAACCUUGUAUUUUGAUGCAAAUUCUACAGCGACAUUGCCUUGUUGAAAAACAAAUACAAAAUAAAACCAUAAAAAAGAUGAUCCAACCAUACAGCCAGCAUUCAAGUCAAAAUGUGAGGUGAACAUCAACUGAACUUCCAUGUUUGACCUUUAACCAACCGUCUGCUUGCGUUGUGUUCGUCUGGUCCUCCCCAUCCCAGCGGCACCUUACUGGAUCAGUACCCCCAGGAACCUGGUGCUGGCCCCCAGAGAGAAGGGUCUGUUGAUCUGCAGGGCCAGUGGUACUCCCAAACCCACCAUCACCUGGGCCAUGAACGGCAUCCCCAUAGAGAGUGAGUACUCAGUAUUGAUUGAUUGAGUGGCGUUGUCAUGUCUGUCUCUUAUUGUAGACACUGUGCACAGACACCACAGUCUAUUUGUGAUUAAGUCAUUGCAUGUGCCAUUGUGAGGUUUAGCCAGACAGACAAUGUUCAAGUUAAUAAUUUUCUAGGUUUAUGGUAAAACCUUUGACACGUGUUUUGACCCCUUGCUAGAUUCACCUGAGGACCCCAAUAGGAAGGUGGAGGGUGACACCAUCAUCUUCGAGGAAGUCCAGACUGGAUCCAGUGCAGUCUAUCAGUGCAACGCAUCCAAUGAAUAUGGAUAUCUGCUGUCCAAUGCCUUCAUCAACGUUCUUUGUGAGUGGACCCUUACUCGAACUUAGAACUCAGAACUUUGAAGUUAAAGCUUAAAAUCCAGCUUUUCUGUCUCUGAAUUGCAUUGAACUUGCAAACACAUUCUUGUGUCUGUUUAUAGCUGAAACACCCCAGAGUACUGACUCCAGCUAACAUGGUCUACCAGGUGAUCCGAAACAACCACGCCUUUCUGGACUGUUCCUCCUUCGGCUCGCCCAUCCCCAAAAUCACAUGGUGAGUUCACGACCUUUGAACUUUUUGGUAUACUGUACAUGCAGUUAUGGGUACUAAAAAGAUAGGUUGCGCCACAGUAUUGUCAGCAAUAUGUGUGCAACACAGUGCUGUAGCGUUUUUUAAGAAACUGGUAUGUGCAACAGAUCUUACCCCAAUCCCAGCUUAAAAGUUCAGAGCCUGUGGUUCCCCUAUCCCCUGUCAGGUUUAAGGACAGCCAGUCCAGCACCCUGGAAGGGGACCCCUACUUGCUGCAUGAAAACGGGACUCUGGAGAUAUAUGUGGCCCAGGCCCUCAACAGUGGGCAGUAUACCUGUGUGGCCAGGAACACUCUGGGCAUCGCUGAGAAUCAUGUCUAUCUGGAGGUCAAAGGUGAGAUACCACACUAUUCUCACUUCUCAUUCUUCUGCUCGCUCGCACUCAUUCUCAUUCUCUCUGCGAGUCGCUAUCUCUCUCUACCAGCGAGCCUCGUCUCUCGUAUCAUCCCGGAGCGCAGACCUCUCUCUCUCCUCGCUCUGCUCACUUCUCUCUCGCGCUCCUGCUCUCCUUUCUCUCCUCUCUCUCUCUCGCUCUGCUCUCUUCUCGCCUCUCUCUCAAUUCAAUCAAGUCAAUUUCAAUUCAAUUAAGGGCUUUAUUGGCAUGGGAAAAGUGUGUGUUAACAUUGCCAAAGCAAGGAAGUAGAGAUAGUAAACAAAAGUGAAAUAAACAAUAAAUAUGAACAGUAAACAUUAAAUUUAGAAGUUACACUCUCUCUCUUUACACUCUAUCUCAUUACACACACUCUCUCUCUCUCUCUCUCGCUCUCUCUCUCUCUCUCUCUCUCUCUCUCUGUCUCUCUCUCUCUCUCUCUCUCUCUAUCUCUCUCUCUCUCUCUCUCUACUGGAUGGUUUUUCUGAAGGUUAGAAAACCAUACCAUAUAGAAUACGUAGGGUCAAUAGUUUUUCCUGACCAUAUGAUCUAACCAGGGAAAACUCAUGGCCCUGAGAAUAUAAAACAACCCUGAACACCACUUAUUUAUCCAACUUUAAUUGUCCAGAUUAGUCUCAUUGAGAUAAACAACGGAGCAGGAUAUUGCGUUGUGUUGUUUCUGAAGCAACCUCUACCCCCCAGAGCCAACUCGUAUCCUGAAGCAGCCGGAGUACAAGGUGGCCCAGAGAAAUAGGAACGUGGUGUUUGAGUGUAAAGUAAAACACGACCCCACCCUCAUCCCCACCAUGACCUGGCUCAAAGACAACGGAGAGCUACCCGACGACGAGAGGUACUUGGUGGUACUCAAACACUCAUGUUUCAACAUAGAGCACAUGCAAUUAUAUCUGCAGUAGUAAGUCCUGGCUUUGUAUAUUCUCCUCUUAUGACAGUAUUUUAGUUCAAUUAAGCAAUAAAGCCCGAGGAGGUGUUGUAUAUGGCCAAUAUACCAUGGAUAAGGACUCUUCUAACGCACAACGCAACGCGGAGUGCCUGGAUACAGCCCUUAGCCGUGGUAUAUUGGCCAUAUACCACAAACCCCUGAGGUGCCUUAUUGCUAUUAUAAACGGGUUAACAACGUAAUUAGAACAGUCAAAAUAAAUGUUUUGUCAUACCCGUGGUAUAUGGUCUGAUAUACCACAGCUGUCAGCCAAUCAGAAUUCAGAGCUCGAACUACCCAGUUUAUAAUUUAGUUUAUCCAUUAGUCCAUCAGGGCUUCCUGAGUGCAUACACAAAACACAUAAUUCAACACAAACAAAAGGGUUAUACACUUACACAAGAGGACCCUUUAAACUGACUGACGUUGUCUAUGUCUUCCCAGAUUUCUGGUGGACUCUGACAGCCUGACCAUAACAGAUGUGACAGAGAAUGAUGCGGGAACAUACACCUGCAUAAUGAAUACUACUCUGGACCAGGACUCUGCCAGCGCUGAGCUCACGGUCGUCGGUAUGUACAGAUGUGGGAUCUUAAUUUGACCUGUAUUGACGAUUUGAACACUUAAUCCAUGAUGUUGCUUGAUCGGUGGUUAGCCUAUUAGCUGGUCAAAAUUAGGCUACAUGAAAAGUGUAAUACUGUUAAUAUAACUGUGUGUUAGUGCAGGUUUUCAGUGAAUUUAUGUAAAUCACAAAGCUGAUCUGCAUUUCCUGCCGCUCAGUGAUCAAAUGAAGGUCCUACAUCUGUAACUCUCUCUCUCAUAAACUUACAUACCAGAAACAUGCUCAUGAUCCCUCAAAUCACAUGACAGUAACAAUGUUGUAUCUGUUAGUGUUGUUGGGAAAAAUUCAGUUAUUCUAUUCUACUAUAUUCUAUUCUAUUAUGUACAAUAACGUCAAGUAAGACAGAGGGUGUCCUGUUGUUGUGUCUCUAAUCACUAACUACUUAACCCCUACCUCACUCCCACCUGUUCUCCUACCUGGCAGAGACAACUCCUACUCCAGCUGUCAUCUACGGUAAACCUGCAGUAAACACAAACGCUCUGCUCCCAGUCCCAUGGGCUUGUGUGUGUGUGUGUGUGGAUUAUGUGUCUGCACAGGCAAGCAUGCUGCGCUGCUCGCAGAUGUGAUCAUUCACAGUGUUUGUGUGUGACAUCAACAGCAUCCGGACUGACAGACGGACGGAGCAACAGACAGUCGUUUUAAUUUAAUCACCGUCUAUUAAAGGGCUUUUUGAUUUCACCAUUUUCUUAUAUCAUUCAUCCUUUAUUUUAAAAGCAGUUUGCAGAUUUUUUUCUUCCCUAAAUGUGCAAUUGUUAUUUUGUUUAGCAUGUGUUUUUCAAUGAAUACAUCAGCAAUACAACUCAUUAAAACGGUGUCUUUGAGUGUGGAGUAAUUACUAGUACCUUUAAUGGGAUACUUCGGGAUUUUGGCAAUGAAGCCAUUUGUCUACUUCCCCAGAGUCAGAUGAACUCAUGGAUACCAUUUUUAUGUCUCUGCAUCCAGUAUGAAGAAAGUUAGAGGUACUUUUGCGAGCCAAAUCUAACUAGCGUUAGUGCAAUGACUGGAAGACUAUGGUAUCUACUAGCAUGCUAGCAGUUACCAUAGACUUCCAGUCAAUUUGCUAACUCUAGUUAGCAAUUGUGCUAACACUAGUUAUCAACUUCCUUCAAACUGCACACAAAGACAUAAAAAUGGUAUCCACAACUUCAUCUGACUCUGGGGAAGUAGAUAAAAGGCUUCAUCCUGAAGUAUAUAUUUGUCACGCUGUUUGGUGUCUUUGUCCCUGCUGCAGAAUGGGGUUCCUUUUGAACUGGUCCAUUUCCAUCCACCUCAUUUGUCUGAAGCGUUCUUGUGGCAAUAAAAAGGAUCUUCUCUUCCUGUGUUCCAUACUUCUUUUUUUACAGUCUGUGGCUCCAUACGUGGCAUGGCAUGACCGAAUAAUGUUGUUGUGCUGGGAGUUACAGUAAUGUACCUGUCUAUUGUACUGAGCUACAUGUCCCGUGUUCUCCAGAACAACCAGACCCUCCUACUGACCUGGAGCUGACUGACCUGAAACCCAAGAGUGUCCAGCUCACCUGGAAACCUGGAGACGAACACAACAGCCCUAUUCACAGUACGUACCUGCUGUACAGUGCCUUGCGAAAGUAUUCACCCCCCUUGGCUUGCGAAAAGUAUUCACCCCCCUUGGCUUGCGAAAAGUAUUCACCCCCCUUGGCUUGCGAAAAGUAUUCACCCCCCUUGGCAUUUUUACUACAUUUACAUUUUACAUUUUAGUCAUUUAGCAGACGCUCUUAUCCAGAGCGACUUACAGGAGCAAUUAGGGUUAAGUGCCUUGCUCAAGGGCACAUUUACGUCAUUUAGCAGACGCUCUUAUCCAGAGCGACUACAAAUUGGUGCAUUCACCCUAUGGCCAGUGGGAUAACCACUUUACAAUUAUACUUUUUUUUAUUUUUUAUUUUUUUGGGGGGGGGGGGGGGGGGGGGGGUAGAAGGAUUACUUUAUCCUAUCCCAGGUGUUCCUUAAAGAGGUGGGGUUUCAAAUGUCUCCGGAAGGUGGUGAGUGACUCCGCUGUCCUGGCGUCGUGAGGGAGCUUGUUCCACCAUUGGGGUGCCAGAGCAGCGAACAGCUUUGACUGGGCUGAGCGGGAACUAUGCUUCCGCAGAGGAAGGGGAGCCAGCAGGCCAGAGGUGGAUGAACGCAAUGCCCUCGCCUGGGUGUAGGGACUGAUCAGAGCCUGAAGGUACGGAGGUGCCGUUCCCCUCACUGCUCCAUAGGCAAGCACCAUGGUCUUGUAACGGAUGCGAGCUUCAACUGGAAGCCAGUGGAGUGUGCGGAGGAGGGGGGUGACGUGAGAGAACUUGGGAAGGUUGAACACCAGACGGGCUGCGGCAUUCUGGAACCUGGAAUUAAAAUUGAUUUUUUGGGGGGUUUGUAUCAUUUUAUUUACACAACAUGCCUACCACUUUGAAGAUGCAAAAUAUUUUUUCUUGUGAAACAAACAAGAAAUAAGACAAAAAAAAAAAAAAAAACUUGAGCGUGCAUAACUAUUCACCCCCCCCAAAAUCAAUACUUUGUAGAGCUACCUUAUGCAGCAAUUACAGCUGCACGUCUCUUGGGGUAUGUCUCUAUAAGCUUGGCAAAUCUAGCCACUGGGAUUUUUGCCCAUUCUUCAAUGCAAAACUGCUCCAGCUCCUUCAAGUUGGAUGGGUUCCGCUGGUGUACAGCAAUCUUUAAGUCAUACCACAGAUUCUCAAUUGGCUUGAGGUCUGGGCUUUGAGACAUUUAAAUGUUUCCCCUUAAACCACUUGAGUGUUGCUUUAGCAGUAUGCUUAGGGUCAUUGUCCUGCUGGAAGGUGAACCUCCGUCCCAGUCUCAAAUCUCUUGAAGACUGAAACAGGUUUCUCAAGAAUUUCCCUGUAUUGAGCUCCAUCCAUCAUUCCUUCAAUUCUGACCAGUUUCCCAGACAUAGCGUUUUCCUUGAUGGCCAAAAAGCUCAAUUUUAGUCUCAUCUGACCAGAGUACCUUCUUCCAUAUGUUUGGGGAGUCUCCCACAUGCUUAUUUUUUUCUUUAAGCACGGCUUAAAGUGGUCCUAUGGACAGAUACUCCAAUCUCCGCUGUGGAGCUUUGCAGGUGCUUCAGGGUUUCUUUGGUCUCUUUUUUGCCUUUCUGAUUAAUGCCCUCCUUGCCUGGUCCAUGAGUUUUGGUGGGUGGCCCUCUCUUGGCAGGUUUGUUGUGGUGCCAUAUUCUUUCAAUUUUUUUAUAAUGGAUUUAAUGGUGCUCCGUGGGAUGUUCAAAGUUUCAGAUAUUUUUUUAUAACCCAACCCUGAUCUGUACUUCUCCACAACUUUGUCCCUGACCUGUUUGGAGAGCUCCUUGGUCUUCAUGGUGCCUCUUGCUUGGUGGUGCCCCUUGCUUAGUGGUGUUGCAGACUCAGAACAGGUGUAUAUAUACUGAGAUCAUGUGACAGAUCAUGUGACACUUAGAUUGCACACAGGUGGACUUUAUUUAACUAAUUAUGUGACUUCUGAAGGUAAUUGGUUGCACCAGAUCUUAUUUAGAGGCUUCAUAGCAAAGGGGGUGAAUAAAAAUGCACGCACCACUUUUCCGUUAUUUAUUCUUUAGAAUUUUUUUAAACAUUUUUUUCAUUUCACUUCACUAAUUUGGACUAUUUUGUGUAUGUCCAUUACAUGAAAUCCAAAUAAAAAUCAAUUUAAAUUACAGGUUGUAAUGCAACAAAAUAGGAAAAACGCCAAGGGGGAUGAAUACUUUUGAAAGGCACUGUACCUGUGUGUGUGUGUGUGUCUGUCUGUCUGUCUGUGUUUCUAUGUUGAUGUGUGUCUUAGUGUGAAUUUGAUCCAUGUUGUCCCUUGAGAGGCCUGUAUACAGUACAGUCAGUAAGCCUGGAGGCUCCUCUAUGUGUGUGUGUGUGUGUGUGUGUGUGUGUGUUUGUGUUGUGUGUAUUAGUGUGCAGCACUAAUGGCAGGACUUUUAUUCCCAGAUCCCUAUCUAAUGUCUGUUUCAUUAUUAUCCUGAGAUUGUACUAUAGCUGCAGUGCUAUUAAGUUUAGUAAAUCGCACUGUGUUUUAAUGAUGUUAGCACUACUCAGAGUACUUGCUAAUUAUGUUUGUUCAGCACUGCCCAUAUCAUAUGUAUUUAAUGGUGGAUUUUAUGGGUUUAAAAACACGUGCAGGUUCUGAUAGUGUCAGGAUCUUCAAGGGUACUGUUGAUAGGUAUACAGUAUGUCAGGGAGCUCAGAGAGAUUAGGCCUGUGUCAACUAUACCAAGACUGGAGUUAGAUAAUACAUUCUAAAUACCAUUCUACAUGUUAGCGUGUAAAAACUCAUGGCUUACAUUCCCUGCAAUCACUCACCAUUUUUCCACCUCGUUCCCCCUCAGAGUUUGUGAUCCAGUACACAGACUCUCUCCACCAACAUGGCCACUGGCACAACCUGACGGAUGUCCCGGGUAGCAAGACCACGGCCUUCCUCAAACUGUCCCCUUACGUUCACUAUACCUUCAGAGUCCUGGCCCUGAACGCUGUGGGUCUCUCCAACCCCUCCAAACCUUCCCACAUGUACAAGACCAACCCUGCAGGUACACACUCUAGGAUUUACUUGUUAAUAAUGGGGUUGAUUGUAUAAUUCAUUGACUAAAACAGUUUAUAGAUUUGUGCAUACUGUUGAUUUGACAUUCUGUUGAUUUGGCAUUCUGUUGAUUUGGCAUUCUGUUUAAUUGGCAUUUCUUCACCUAUUAGCUCCAGAUGAGAACCCCAGUGGAGUUGAAGGUUUUGGAACUGAACAUGACAACCUUAUGAUAUUGUGGAAGGUAAGCUACAGAUGCAGCAUUUUAUUUGUAAGGAAGAUGGUGUCACCUGUUCAUUAAUGCAGUACUGUGCAGGGUGCCUGUCGGCUGUUCAUUAAUGCAGUACUGUUAGUCAAACUAAUGAAUAACCAUUGGUUCAGUAAUAACAAUGUGGUCAUCUGUCUCUCAUAGCCAAUGUCAGGCCUCCAGGCUAACGGUCCAGGCCUGCAGUACAAGGUGAUGUGGAGACAGAAGGAUGUGGACAAGGACUGGACGUCAGUGACCGUGGCCAACGUCUCCAAGUUCAUGGUCUCUGGGAUGCCCACCUUCACACCAUACGAGGUCAAGGUUCAAGCCAUCAACGACUACGGGAUUGGACCUGAGCCAGCUGUGGUCACCGGACACUCCGGAGAGGACUGUGAGUCACACAUCGCCAUUUAGUAUCUUUAAGGAUACACUAUGGGACAGUUUCUUGGACUAUACAUCAUGCUUCUUUUUUUUAAACAUUAUCCAGAGCGACUAACAAGAGCAAUUAGGGUUAGGUGCCUUGCUCAAUGGCACAUCGGCAGAUUGUUCACCUAGUCGGCUCAGGGAGUCGAACCAGCUACAUUUUGGUUACUUGCCCAACGAUCUUAACCACUAGGCUACCUGCCGCCCCUAAUGGAGAAUCUCCAUUGAAAUGCUUUUAAGGUCGGGAUUGAAUCUGUGUCCUGAAAACUGACUGAUGUGUUGCAUGACUUGACAGAUACAAAGCUGCUACGUGUUCUAGUUCUUCUUCAUUUGAUCUGUUCUAGGGAGUUACUGUAACUAUAGCAACAAUUUAUAUAAUCCUCUCAAAUGAAGUGGUGUUUCCUGUCCCGUAAUGUCACUGUUUUCUGUUCUAAUUGUGUUCCCUCUAACCGUGUUUCCCACAGUGCCGUUGCAGGCUCCAGACAGUGUCCAGGUCCUAGUGUUAAACAGCACCCUGGCUGAGGUGCACUGGGAGCCUGUCCCCCCGAAGACAGUACGGGGACUUCUCAAGGGAUACAAGGUACUGUACACAGCACUGUCUUCAAAGAUGACAGAGGAUAAUGUAAUACUGUGAUACAAAACAGCCGACGCAUAGAAACAGACACACAGACACACACACACACACAUGCAUACACACACACACACACACACAUGCAUACACACACACACACACACACACAAACACAAACACACACGCCACUUACCCCCCCCCCCCCCCGGAGCCUCCACAAACACAUCCACCCCCCCAACAGACACACACUCAUCUAACUCCUCUGUGUCUGUGUCUCUACCAGGUGUAUUACUGGCGUGAGCGGAGCCUCCACAAACACAACCCCCACCACGUGAAGCAGCAGGUUCUGACCUUCAGUGGGAACAAGACUCAUGGCAUGCUCCCCGGCCUGCAGCCCUACAGCCUCUACCUGUUUAACGUCAGGGUCUACAACAGCAAGGGGGAGGGCCCCGCCAGCUCCACCCUGCAGUUUGAGACCCCCGAAGGAGGUAGGAGGAGCCAACAUUCAUUUAUUCUACGUCAUAAAAUAUAGAAAUAUAAUUACUAGAACAGACAUUCUCAUUCAAGUCAACGCUCCGUGGUGGGUGGUCCGGCAUCCAUAGUUAGUAUGCCGAUUCAAGGAAGCUUUUGUGCUCAACUAAAUGUACAAAAAAAUACAGAAGAAAAUUAUUUUGUGUGAAUAUUCCCUUUGUGUCUAUCAUGCAGUUCCUGGGCGGCCAUCUUUCCUGAGGAUCACCAACUCUAACCUGGACUCUUUGACUCUGGAAUGGGGUCCUCCCAACGACCACAACGGACACCUCACCGGCUACACCCUGAAAUACCAGCCAGGUGAGGCUUCACAGGGACGUUUCUACCUACGUUAGGUUACAUCAGGGAUAAGAUAGUAGGUCUAUAGAGCUAGAGGGUCUGUCAGAGAUUUGAGAGCCUUUUCUUGAUGAUUCCAAAACUGAAUAGAACACCCCCUUUCUUUGUAGUCUGUAGUGUCUCUAGUGUACAGUAGGAUUACUACAGGAGGAAUUACUACAGGAGGAGUUACUACAGGAGGAGUUACUACAGUAGGAGUUACUACAGGAGAGUACAUACAGGAAGAGUACUACAGGAGGAGUUACUACAGGAGGAGUUACUACAGUAGGAGUUACUACAGGAGAGUUACUACAGGAAGAGUUACUACAGGAGGAGUUACUACAGGAGGAGUUACUACAGGAAAAGUUACUACAGGAAGAGUUAUUACAGGAAGAGUUACUACAGGAGGAGUUACUACAGGAAGAGUUACUACAGGAGGAGUUACUACAGGAAGAGUUACUACAGUAGAGUUACUACAGGAGGAGUUACUACAGGAGGAGUUACUACAGGAGGAGUUACUACAGGAGGAGUUACUACAGGAGGAGUUACUACAGGAAGAGUUACUACAGGAGGAGUUACUACAGAAGAGUACUACAGGAGGAGUUACUACAGGAAGAGUUACUACAGGAGGAGUUACUACAGGAAGAGUUACUACAGGAGGAGUUACUACAGGAAGAGUUACUACAGGAGGAGUUACUACAGGAAGAGUUACUACAGGAGGAGUACUACAGGAAGAGUAUAAGGGUUACUACAGGAAGAGUUACUACAGGAAGAGUUACUACAGGAAGAGUUACUACAGGAGGAGUUACUACAGGAGGAGUUACUACAGGAGGAGUUACUACAGGAGGAGUUACUACAGGAAGAGUUACUACAGGAAGAGUUACUACAGGAAGAGUUACUACAGGAGGAGUUACUACAGGAAGAGUUACUACAGGAAGAGUUACUACAGGAAGAGUUACUACAGGAGGAGUUACUACAGGAAGAGUUACUACAGGAAGAGUUACUACACUAGGUCCUUUACGUCUGUGUAGUACUAUCACCAUAGUACUCUGGUGUCAUUACAUAAGAGUUGAGCCUGUGUAUGUACUGUGUGUUAGCUAUGUAUGGACAGUAUGCUGUAUUGACCAGAAACAUCAUCAAACAGAGUGAGAACCGCACAGCUUGAUGGUUAAUCUGAUCUGUCACCCCCCUCCACCUUCCACACAUACACUACUCCACCCCUCCACCAUCCACCCCUCCACCUACCACCUGUCCCAUCUUGCUACACCCCACCCCAUCUCCCUCCCUCCACCGGUCCCAUCUCGCUACACCACCUCUACAUUACCUCCUCCUCCACCUCUCCACUCCUCCACCUCUACAUUACCUCCUCCUCCACCUCUCCACUCCUCCACCUCUACAUUACCUCCUCCUCCACCUCUCCACUCCUCCACCUCUACAUUACCCCCCUCCUCCACCUCUACAUUACCUCCUCCUCCACCUCUCCACUCCUCCACCUCUACAUUACCUCCUCCUCCACCUAUCCACUCCUCCACCUCUACAUUACCCCCUCCUCCACCUCUCCACUCCUCCACCUCUACAUUACCCCCUCCUCCACCUCUCCACUCCUCUACCUCUACAUUACCCCCUCCUCCACCUCUCCACUCCUCCACCUCUACAUUACCUCCUCCUCCACCUCUCCACUCCUCCACCUCUACAUUACCUCCUCCUCCACCUCUCCACUCCUCUACCUCUCCGCCCCUCCACCUCUUCAGUCAAUAGCUCCAACGAGCUGGGUCCGAUGGAAGAGCUGGCCCUGCCGGCCAACAAGACCUCUGUCACGCUCCCCAACCUCAAGUACAGCACUCGCUACAAGUUUUAUUUCAAUGCCAAAACAGGCCAGGGAGCAGGGCCCGUCAUUACAGAGGAAGCCGUCACUAUUAUGGACGAAGGUAAGUGUGAAUGUACGCUAUUGAAGGUCGCAAGUAGAAAACUAACUUUGACUGUAGCCAAAGACGGUAGAGAACAUACCCUUUAAAUUGAUAUGGUUAUGGUAUGGGAGUCCUCCUUAGUUACAUACCAUUCCACACAUGUACCAUGUUGAAUGGUUCAAGUCAACCCCAAACAUCUAGAUGGUGUAUUGUGUAACUUAUACUCGCUUAUGAAGCAUGGUUCUCUGUUUUAUGUUUAUAAUGUGUGUCUGUUGUCCUUGUGGAUCUACUAUUGAAUUGUCUUCGGUGUGUGAAAAAGUGUACAGCAUUGUGCCAAAGCAUGAUAUAACCUCUGUGUAGUCAUGGUUGUAAGAUCACUAACCGUGAGUGUGUUUCCCAGUUGUACUUUGACAGUAGCUGGUCCAGUUAGUUUUAUAUUACAGCAUGUUCAUGCUUACUCACUGGUACAUUUAAUGAAAGGGACAUGCAGGUGUCAUGUUGACCUUGAUAUCUACUUUUGUGUCCCCCCCCUUUCCCCUCGAAGUCCUAAUGUAUCAGCCUUCAGUAGACAAGGUUGGAGGAGGUACCUGUAGCGCUCAGAGUCUGCAUGCUCCUCAUACAAACAGAUCUGGGCCCAUAUUUACAAAGCAUCUCAGAAUAAGAGUACUGACCUAGAAUCAUUUUUAAUGAAUAGAUCAGCACUCAUACUGUACUCUGAGAUGCUUUAUAUAUACUGCCUUGGCUUCAAAGACUGGUCCAAGCCUGCGUUCCCCUUUGAAAGACUCUCCUCCUGCUUCCACCAAUCCCCUCGACCCCUCGACCCAGCAGGACCUGAAUUCAAAGCUGAAACCUUGAAGAUAGCUACAUACAGAUGUAGGAUCCUAAUUUGACCUAUAUUGUCACAGCAAGUGUAAGUGACAAUAAAACAUUUACAAAAAUAAUCCUGCAGCAACAGGAUUUGAACGUUUAGUCCAUAAUGGUGCUUGAUCGGUAGUUAGGCUAUUAGCUGGUUAAAAUGAGGCUACAUAAAAAGUGUUAAUAUAACCGUGUGCUAGUGCAGGUUUUCAGUGAAUUUAUGUAAAUCACAAAGCUCAUCUGCAUUUCCUGCGGUGCAGGGAAAUUCUCAGCAACAAUAGAGUGAUCAAAUUAAAAUCCUACAUCUGUAGAGACAUAAUUAUAUGGCAAAAUACGAUACGUGAAGUUCCACUACUGAUACAGACAGCAACACGGAAACAAAAACCCACAAACAAAGGUGAAACCACACAGAUUAAAUAUGGCUCCCAAUCAGAGAUAACGAGCCGAACAGCUGACACUCGUUACCUCCGAUUGGGAGUCAUAUGCCCAAUAAACAACAAAACCAAACAUAGAAAAUGAACAACCAGAUCCCACAUAGAAAUACACCCAAAAGAAAAUGACAACCCUGGCUCACAACAAAGAGUCCCGGAGCCAGAACGUCACAGUACCCCCCCCUAAAGGCGCGGACUGCGACCGCGCCUCACAACCCCACAAUAGGGGAGGGCUGGGUGGGUGUUGCUCCCCGGAGGCGGUUCCGGCUCCGGGCUUGACCACCACCCCACUAUAGUUCCUACCCGCUUUCUUGACCUCCUCCCAAUGACCACCCUCCACUUAAACCCACCUGGAUAAAUGGGCAGCACCGGACUAAGAGGCAGCACAAGGCUAAGGGACAGCACCGGACUAAGGGGCAGCACAGGACUACGUGGCGGAUCCUGGCUGGCUGGCUCUGACGGAUCUGGCUGCUCAUGGCUGGCUGACGGAUCUGGCGGCUCAUGGCUGGCUGACGGAUCUGGCGGCUCAUGGCUGGCUGACGGAUCUGGCCACUCAUGGCUGGCGGAAGGCUCUGGCUGAUCCCGUCUGGCGGAAGGAUCUGGCUGCUCCUGUCUGGCGGAAGGCUCUGGCUGAUCCGGUCUGACGGAAGGCUCAGGCUGCUCCUGUCUGGCGGAGAGCUCUAGCGGCUCCGGUCUGGCGGACGGCUCUGUAGGCUCAUGGCAGACGGGCGGCUUAGCAGGCUCAUGGCAGACGGGCAGCUCCUGCGGCGCUUGGCAGACGGACAGUUCAGACGGCGUUGGGCAGACGGGCAGUUCAGGCGCCGUUGGGCAGACGGGCAGUUCAGACGGCGUUGGGCAGACGGACAGUUCAGGCCCCGUUGGGCAGACGGCAGACUCUGGCCGUCUGAGGCGCAUCGUAGGCCUGGUGCGUGGUGCCGGAACAGGAGGUACCGGGCUGAGGAUACGCAUCUCAGGGCUAGUGCGGGGAGAAGCAACAGGGCAUGCAGGACCCUGGGGACGCACAUAAGUCCUAGUGCGUGGUGCCGGAACUGGUGGUCCCGGGCUGAGGACACGCAUCUCAGGGCUAGUGCGGGGAGCAGCAACAGGGCAUGCAGGACCCUGGGGACGCACAUAAGUCCUAGUGCGUGGUGCCGGAACUGGUGGUCCCGGGCUGAGGACACGCAUCUCAGGGCUAGUGCGGGGAGCAGCAACAGGACGCACAGGACUCUGGGAACACACAGGAGGCUCGGUGCGUGGUGUAGGCACUGGUGGUACUGGGCUGGAGCGGGGAGGUGGCGCCGGAAAUACCGGACCGUGCAGGCGUACUGGCUCCCUUGAGCACUGAGCCUGCCCAACCCUACCUGGUUGUAUGCUCCCCGUCGCCCAACCAGUACGGGAAGGAGGAAUAACCCGCACCGGGCUAUGUGGGCGAACCGGGGAAACCAUACGUAGGGCUGGUGCCAUGUAAGCCGGCCCGAGGAGACGCAUUGGUGGCCUGCUGCGUGGGGCCGGCCUCAUGACAUCCGGCUCAACACUCAAUCUAGCCCGGCCGAUACGAGGAGCUGGAACGUACCGCACCGGGCUAUGCCUGCGUACAGGAGACACCAUGCGCUCUACUGCGUAACAUGGUGUCUGCCCGUACUCCCGCUCUCCACGGUCAGUCCAGGGAGUAGGCGCAGGUCUCCUACCUGCCUUCGCCACACUCCCUUUUAGCCCCCCCCCAAGAAAUUUUUGGGGAGUAACCACGGGCUUCCAGCCUCGACUCCGCGCUGCCUCCUCAUACCACCUCCUCUCGGCUGCAGCUGCCUCCAGCUCUUCACGAGGGCGGUGGUACUCCUCUGGUUGUGCCCAAGGACCCUUACCAGCCCUUAUCUCCUCCCAUGUCCAAAAGUCCUUAGGAGGCUCCCAUAAAUCCUGCGUAGGUAGGUCCUGUUGCCGCUUGUUACGCCGCUUGGUCCUCUUGUGGUGGGUUUUUCUGUCACGAUCGUCUGAAGGAUGAGACCAACGCGCAGCGCGUGUACCGAUAAACAUGCUUACUUUAUUAAAUGAAAGCAACCACAGAAAACAACAAAAUACGAUACGUGAAGUUCCACUACUGAUACAGACAGCAACACGGAAACAAAAACCCACAAACAAAGGUGAAACCACACAGAUUAAAUAUGGCUCCCAAUCAGAGAUAACGAGCCGAACAGCUGACACUCGUUACCUCCGAUUGGGAGUCAUAUGCCCAAUAAACAACAAAACCAAACAUAGAAAAUGAACAACCAGAUCCCACAUAGAAAUACACCCAAAAGAAAAUGACAACCCUGGCUCACAACAAAGAGUCCCGGAGCCAGAACGUCACAGUGGUGCUUCUUUGGCAGCACACUCAAAACUCUUCAGUGUUGUAUCUUACUUUCUAACGGCGUGAUGGCAACUCUGUGACUGCUGAUCUAUGUCUCUGUGUCUAUGUCUGGCUGAUGUUGCGCUGUGCCGUCCCGUGCAUGACAUCGUGCGUGUUUGAAUCCUGCUCCAACUGAUCUGCUCAAACGUGCUGACUGUUUUCUCACACUUCCUUCUGCAUGCAUGGUGAUGGACCUGUGUGUAACCAGCUCACUGUCUUACCUCUAUGCCUGCUGUGUCUGUUGAGUGUUGAGUUUCUUAUAUUUCUCCAUGUUGUUCCAGGGAACACCCAAACCCAACCCUCACCUCCCAUAGCAGGGUCUCCUCCUCCUCCACGCCACCCAUUCCACAAGGGUACAGCUGCUCUAGUCACUGUCCAUGCACAUCUGACAGUCUUAGGGAUUUUCUUAAUGUAUUACAAAUGUUCAGGCUUUAUUGUCUGAAUCCGUUUGUAAGGCUCAUAUAGGAAAGGAGGAACUGUAGAUUUGAUAGACUUUGAAGUAAGCCUAACUGAAAGUGGAUUGGAAAAUCAAAGUGCAUCUUGCUUUGAUUUUGACCUAUAGAUUCUAUGAUACAGACAGAUGUAAAUAUAACGUAGGCCUACAAGCAAAUGAUGUGUUAUUUGUAUGGUAUAAACCAGUGGUUCCCAACCUUUUUUGGUUACUGUAUCACCAACUGAAUUUUGCUCUGCCCGGAGUACCCAUGAAGUACCCCCUCAUGUGCAUUUUACCAGUAGGCCUAUGGUCUCAUGAGUCUUCUCAAGUACCCUCUGUGGAUAGGCCAAGUACCCCUGGUUGGGAACCACUGGUAUAAACUGUAGCAAAGUCAUCUACAGGCUUUGUCAGUAUCUUAGUAAGUUGAGUGUGAGUGCACAGACUUAAACAAAGUCAGACUCAGAUUGAUGUAUUUUAGGAGAUUUUUCACCAGGAAGAGUUUGAUUAGUACUGUAUUUUUCCCUGACCUUUGACCUAGAGUGUGAGCUUCAUGGUUGUCUUUUUCUCUUGUUGUGCUCAGUGCAUCCAGCUGCUCCGGCAUUCGGGAACGUUAGCUCUUCCGUGGGAGAGGACGGAACGCUUAUCAGUUGGGAGUACUGGGGAGCGGAAAAACAUGUUUAUGUAGAAUAUAUAGUUAAGAACGACAACAGUAAGACAUGCUAUUUUAUCUACUGUACAUCAGUUAUACUUAAACAUCUAGGUACAAGAGACUCCUACUCAAUGAUUGGCUAAUGCAGGUUUAUACAAACAUUGGCAGUUAUGUGUCUAGCAGAGAUAUGAUAAAUGAUCUAGUCUGAUUCAAAUAGUAUCUUUGUUGUUGGCCAUAACACAGAAUACUACCUUCAAACUGCCCUGGCACAAACCUAAUAACACACAGUAAAAAGCAGCAGAAACAGUCUAAAACAGGGAUGGGCAACUCCAGUGCUCGGGGGCCGGAGUGCUGUCACACUUUUUCCCCAUCCCUUGCAAACACAGCUGAUUUAAACUAAUUGCGUUCCUAACUGAAUAUCAUGAUUAGUUGAUUAUUGGAGUCAGGUGUGUUAGCUGGGGCUGAGGCAAAAGUGUGACACCAAUCAGGCCCCCGAGGACUGGAGUUGCCCAUCCCUGGUCUAAAAGGACUUGGCUGCAAUAAUUACAAGGACUUUUCAAGCACCAAAUUGAGGAAAUGUUCAAGGGAGGCCUAUCUUCAAGGUAGGCUUAUUCCAGUACAUGAAUUUCUGAGCUCCAAAUUCAAGUUCAAGUAGGUUACUUCAAUCCCCUUGUAUUGUUUAAAAUUGCAGGUGUAACAUGGAAAACCAAAAUGUAUUUGUCAUGUUAUUUCAUUACCAGAUUAUAUUGUGAAGAAACCCACUAGGCUAUAUAAUUUGUUGUCAUUAUAUCCAGAAUAAUUAAUAGGAAUAGCGUUGGGUGUUGCGCAAUAGUCUAUACUACACAAUUGCGAACAGUAGACUCUGUGUCCAAUCCGAGGCACAAAAACAUAGGAAAACAUGAACACAUUACCUUGAUGCUUUCUCUGUUAAAUCUAACGAGACCCUGCUGUAAAUCAAGCAGACAACAACAGAUGAUCAACAUCAAUUCGCUAGGGAUAUUAGAUCCAACGUGGAUCCAGGCACAACUGUCUUCACCGGCGUAACGAAUGAGACACCAAAAUAUUCCUUGAAAUCACCUUUUUUUUCCAGCACUUGGGCUGUUGUAGCUUCACAUGCGCUAUCACAACAGCUGUUCUUCACUUGACUGUCAUUCAGGAAAUUCCUUCCUGGAUCAGAUGAUGAUGUGUAAAAAUAUCAUGGCAUAACUAAUCAGCUGGACACCAAAUGCGCAUCCGACAAGUAUUAUGCAUAAUUAUUGAAGAACUACGUUAAUGACAGUAUCAAUUUAGGUUUUAAGUAUCAAGGUAAGGUGACUCUUUUGGUUAGAAGCAUUCGAUUUAGCGAUCGCAUUUAUUAUUUUGGAUUUGUGUGCCCAUGAAAACUGUUUUCACACCGUAACAUAACAUUUCUGAGAUCUCUAUACAAAGAACUGUCCGACAGCUGGAUCCAGGAUUCUUACAGGGUUAAAGUUCAAUGUCUAAUUUAAUGAUAUAACGACAACUUACACUGCCAUGAAUGCAAGGACAGAAAGGUCGUGUUUUAUGUCACAUUAUUUUGAACAAAUUGGUCAAGACACCAACCAUGAUAAAGGAUUAAACAUAGGUUUUAAAUCAACUCGUGAAUUGUAUUGAAUAUAGCUAUGAUCCCCCAUAUAUGUUAAUGUAAUGACAUGAAAAAAAAUUGUAGCUUAUUAUCAAUGUAGCUGUAGCAAGUUGCCCAGUGUAGGAAAUCCUCACUGCUACCCUAGUUUAUAGAAAGACCCAUUUACACAAUUAGUGAUAUCUAAUAUUGAUAUGAUAGCUGCCAGUUCAUGACACAAGAUAAAACCAUCCCUGCAUGAAACUCCAUAGCCCAUCCCAACGUUGUUAUAAUGUCAGGUGUACGGUGCACAUAUUAGGACAUUAACAAUGUUAGUCUAACUAACUAUGGUAGUCCUAAUAUGUGCACCGUACAUUUUGACUAUGAUGGAUGUCCUAAAAUGUGCACCAGACAGACAAACAUCUUUCAAAGCACCUUUCUUCCUGCAACUCUCUAGGUGAAGAGGACUGGCAGAAAGAGUAUGUAAAUUGCUCUCAGGCCUAUGUGCUGAAGGGCUUAAAGGAGGGCCUGUCCUAUAGGGUACGCGUGGUUGCCAAGGGUCACGACGACCAAGCGGUGCUCCACCAAUCAGAGGAGCUUUUGGUGACCGUUCCAGGUGAGGCAGCACGCGAUUGGCAGGUCGUCACCUGCGCCGCCCGGCCUCACCUUGCCUUGCCCUGUGUUGCUGUAGAGAUUGUGAAACAUUGUUUGGUAUGCUAGAUGUGUUAUUCUCUACUGCUCAGGCACCUGUUCAGUAGGAAUACGGUCCAGUUUAUUAACAGUAUAUCUGUUGUUGUGGUCAUUCUAAUGGAAACGUACGGUAGGCAUGUUCAGUAGAGAUGUAGACGUGGUAGUUUUCUGACCUGCAUGAUGUCCUCCUGUCUGUAUAUGUGUGUUUUGUUAGAAGUUAAGAACACAGGUUUUGUUUUCCUGGAGAGGCGUACAGUAAGAGCAUUUUCAUAAAGAUGAUGGAUAUCAUUCACAUAAUGUAGAAGACGGAUGUGUAACUGUCUAAUUAUCCACCUGAUUGUCUUUCCUUCUGUGGUUAACUUUUGUUUUUUUUGGAACGUCUGUGUAUGUGUGUGUGUGUGUGUGUGUGUGUGUGUGUGUGUGUGUGUGUGUGUGUGUGUGUGUGUGUGUGUGUGUGUGUGUGUGUGUGUGUGUGUGUGUGUGUGUCUGAGAGUGAAAGGAAUAAAGAGCAUUAGAAAAGAAGUGAAUGUUGUUUACCUCACGUACUGUAGAAGUCAAGCUGUUAACCAUCAUUAACACUCUCUGUAAUAUCCACAGCUGAGAUGUUUAACAUAACUAUCAACAACAACAACAACAACAACAACAUAACAUCACUAACAUAACAACUGUCUGUUACAGUAACACUGUGUAACAAUUUCCAAACAAUAUGUACAAAAAAAAUAUAUUGCUCACAAAGGGUUCUCUGGAAACCUAUGUCCAUACUAUCCUGUACUUAUGUUUUAUUGGUCCAUAUCUACUUUAGGAGCUGUCAUUACAAUAUGCUAAUAAUGAGGAGUUAACAUAACUAAACGUUAUUGUCCAUUACAUUUUCAUUAUAUUACAGUAUAGGAACAAGGUUACCUUCCUAAUUUAAAGCAACCAGGCCAGUCACUAACGGUCAUGUUCUCUUCCUCCCCUCGCUGCCUGACCAGCUGUACCAUCCAGACAGGUGGACAUCGCCACCCAGGGAUGGUUCAUCGGUCUGAUGUGUGCCAUCGCUCUCCUCAUCCUCAUCCUCCUCAUCAUCUGCUUCAUCAAGAGGAACAAGGGAGGCAAAUACCCAGGUGGGUGAUACAAUCACACAUGUAAAGGCAGACACGCACGCACACACGCACACACACACACACACACACACACACACAAACACACUCACUUCCGUCUCCACAUCCAUCACCUAGAGGUCAUAGUAACAGACCCAUUUGCUCUCUGUCCCUAGUGAAAGAAAAAGAGGACGCUCACACAGACCCAGAGUUCCAGCCCAUGAAAGAGGAUGACUGUACUUUUGGGGAAUACAGGUGAGAAACGUGACUCUGUCCUCUGGAGCCCAUGGGCCAAGAUCCUGCCCUAAGCCCAACAACCCCACCAAGUCCCCGCUCCCUCCUCUGACCUGGUUCCUCUCAGAUGGGCACGAGCCCCCCCGCCCCCCCCAUCCUACUAACAGCUGACCUCCAACUGCUGGGCCUCAGACCUCCAUUGGACCAGCAUCGUUCUAACAGGGAUUCUAGCAGUGCAGCCCUUUGGAGCUACACAGUAAAGCACAAGCCUGUUCUCAUGGAAGAAGUUGGGACAGGGUCAGGGAUGGGGUCAGGGACGGGGUCAGGGAUGGGGACGGGAUCAGGGUCAGGGACGGGGACGGGGAAGGGAUUCUUCUCUGCUUAG